AGGGCAGGCAGCACGCGGAGCGCAGGGGUGGCCCCAUGGACCUGCCCCCGCAGCUCUCCUUCGCCCUCUACAUGGCCGCCUUUGCGCUGGGCUUCCCGCUCAACACGCUGGCCAUCGCGGGCGCCGUGUCCCACGCCCGGCUCCGCCUCACCCCCAGCCUCGUCUACACCCUCCACCUGGGCUGCUCUGACCUCCUGCUGGCGACCUCCCUGCCCCUGAAGGCGGUGGAGGCGCUGGCCGAGGGAGCCUGGCCUCUGCCGGCCCCUCUCUGUCCCGCCUUCGCCCUGGUCCACUUCGCUCCCCUCUACGCGGGCGGGGGCUUCCUGGCCGCCCUGAGUGUGGGCCGCUACCUGGGUGCCGCCUUCCCCUUGGGCUACCAAGCCGCCCGGAGGCCGCGCUACUCCUGGGGCGUGUGCGUGGCUAUAUGGGCCCUCGUCCUCUGUCACUUGGGAUUGGUCUUUGGGUUGGAGGCUCCGGGAGGCUGGAUGGACAAUACCACCAGCCCCCUGGGCAUCAACACACCAGUCAACGGCUCUCCGGUCUGCCUGGAGGCCUGGGACCCGGCCUCUGCGGGCCCUGCUCGCCUCAGCCUCUCUCUCCUGCUCUUCUUUCUGCCCCUGACCAUCACAGCCUUCUGCUACGUGGGCUGCCUUCGGGCACUGGCCCGCUCAGGCCUGAGCCACAGACGGAAGCUCAGGGCGGCCUGGGUGGCCGGCGGGGCUCUGCUCACACUGCUGCUCUGCUUAGGACCCUACAAUGCCUCCAACGUGGCUGGCUUCCUGCACCCCAACCUGGGAAGCCGCUGGCGGAAGCUGGGGCUCAUCACAGGUGCUUGGAGUGUGGUGCUCAACCCGCUGGUGACCGGCUAUUUGGGAGCGCGUACUGGCCGGGGGACAGCAUGUGUGGCAAGAACAAAAGGAGGGCCAUCCCAGAAGUAAUAGCCACGGUGAGGGGGAAGGGGCAGGGUGCAGAAGAGCCUGACUGCUUCUCUAGGCUC